UUGUUCGGCUUCUUAAGUCUCACGAAUCGGCCUCGUGCUUUGUGUAUAGAGAGGGGGUUCACUUCCCCCCAUGUCAGCGGGGCGACAGUUGCUGUGUUAUGCGGGGUCACAGGCAACGCGCGGGGUUUGGUGACGCAUCGCGGCAGGUGCCAGGCGGGCGUGUGCCGAUUGCUGGAAGUCAGUAUUGUGCGCACGAUGUUCGCAGUCCGCCGACGGGUCACACAGACCAGCCUUAAAACGAACCGCUGUACAAAAGGUAUUGUGAGCCUGGCGCCCGAGUCCCUGACUAAUUGGAGGCGCCGCCGAGGUUAAGAAGGACUUAGCAACUCUGACUCCGUGCUGCAUGCAGUGAGCAUGGACCUAAUCCUCUACGCCUCCGGAAGGUAAUCGCCAGCAUUGUUGUUGGGUGCGACUGCCUGCGUGGUGUCUAAGACCAGCUUACCGUACACGCUGUAGGAAUGCGGUGCGCACGUAAAGAGUGCAUUCGCACGACGGCGUCUUGGAAACACGCACUCAAAGAACUUUGUCUUGUAGACAAUAAAUUUGAAGGACAAGGAGGGUCAUCCGUCUCCCAGACGGCCAAACUUUGAGUACAGCGGCACUUCGUGGUGCCGGUGCCCCUGCUUCCGAGACAGGUGCAGCCUAGACGCCGUUGGCAUUUGAAACGGUCUAGCGAUAACUUGUUCGGGCCUGGCGUGUUUUGCUGAGCCGGUCACUCACUACGGAGAAAUGAGAGGGCAACGGAGUUUUGGCGAAGAAGGAAAAGAGCUUUGUUUUCCAAUAUGUUUAUUUUUAAGAGUAAGCCCAUCCCUGUGGGUGGUGGCUUAACAAACGGUUGACUCUGAUUGGCAACUGAACCUGUGGGACGGGCCAACGGCCCUACCGCCUUUUUUUCUUUGUAUAUUUGGGCUAUAAAAAUCGGGACGACAUGCUGUCCCUCAGACUUGGCUGAAAUCAGUAUUACUGAUAGAUCAGUGAGGCUCCGUACCAUGUACGUUAGACUUGGCUGAGAUCAGGAUUGCUGAUAGACCAGUGAGCCUCCGUACUAUGUACGUUAAAACGAGUCUGGGCUCUAACAGUCAUUGAGACAGUAGAAGAGUGAGACUUUGUUUCUCAAUUGUUCAAGUUUGUAAUGUAUUUGUUUUACCUGCCAUGUAUAUAGAAAAGUUCACGUAUAAAUAUUUCUUGUACAUCUGACCUCAUCGUUUCCUGCCUGCGUUUGAUCAACAACUGCCGAUCAUCGUCCGAUAAGCUUCAAGUUCCAACGGUGAAGCGAGGACGGAGAACGAACGAAACUUUACUGGCGCAGCCGACAGGAUCGGCAAGCCCCACAACGAGCAACGAGCAGCGAGCCAGGCGCAAGGCAUCAGAGGGCUACCAGCCAAUUCCGCAACGGUUGCAAUUCAUCUGGACGAGGACGUCAGGCGGCGCCCCCAGCAGCAACGGGUGAGCGGGAUUCCUUGCGUUUUGUCUAGGUUGGCAUGGCUGUUGUUCAGUGAGGUUAAUGGUGUUCACGCGCAGAACAGCAAAUGCGAGUGAGGCUAACGUAAACAUUGAUACGGCAUCUGAACAAAGAGAGGGUCAGAGACGGCAGGAACUACAACGCAUCGGAGAGACCGAGUCUGAGACGUCGGAUACUGAAAUGGAUAGUGAGACGCAAGGAGCUUCGCAGGCUCCGAGCACGACAGAUCCAGAGGCCAUGGCGGUGAGACGCCUGGAGCUGGAGCUGGAAAAGGUGCGCCUACAGCUAGAGUGCGAGCGCAUUGCUCUACGGAGAGUGGAGCUCGAGCAGUCGAGCAGGCCGCCUUCGGUGUCGGAAGGAAGCGAUCGGCGCGGUGCCAUCACGGAUGGAAUAGCACAAUGUGCUAAAGUGCUUAAGGCAUACCGGUUGCCGUGUGACGCUGACGUUCCGAUAUGGUUUGAUGAGGUCGAAAAGUUGUUUACAUCUUUUCAAGUACCGGCACAUAGCCGGGUACAUUUGAUCAUGCCUGCGCUGGCCGAGCGGGUCCGUUAUCUGUUGCGUGGCCUUAAUGACGAGGAAUGUACAGAUUAUGAGACUGUAAAGAAGGCAGUAUUAGAUGAACUUAAGCUCACGCCAGCUAAAUACUUGGAGAGGUUUGAAAAGGCAUCUAAACGAAAGGAGGAAACUUGGGCUCAGUUCGCGUCCCGCGCUAGAACCUAUUUGGCCUAUUACCUUCAGUCUCGCACUGCAAACACCAAAGAAGCUAUGACGGAGCUUAUGGUCGCUGACCGUAUGAAAGCUAGUCUAAGCUCAGAAGCCCUAGAAUAUGUUCUUUUGCGGGAAGGCGAAGAUUGGUUUAAGCCAGUGGAGGUGGCGAAAGUGCUCGAGACUUUCGAGCAAGCUAAAGGGAAAGGACGAGCAACUAAGCCAGCCGCAACAGCCUCAUUGCCGCAGCACGCAAAACUAGCUGGCCCGCAGAGGACAAAUUUAAGAUGCCACGUGUGUCAUAUACAGGGUCACCUAGCCAGAGACUGCCCAAAAGCUUCAGAUAAAGAACCGCAGGGGAAGCCACCGACUGUGCAAAAACAAAGGGUACAGAAGGUUGCUGUUGUAAGUGAAGAACCUCCACCAGAGCAAGAAAGGGUGCUAAGCGCUAGAGUACAUGUCGUAGCUCAAAAUGCUAGCUCGGGGAGGUCGAAGCUGGACCUAAUCCCUAUCAUGUGCGGGGAUAUAGCAACGGAAGCUGUGUUGGACACAGGUAGUGAGAUAACGGUAGUCCGUAAAAGUAUGUUGCCCAUCGAUUUACAGGAGCCAUCACGAACAGUAAGACUUGAGUCGGCAUUCGGAAACACCAUUCGAGCUAAGCUAGCUACGCUGCCCGUAGGCAUGCAUCGCCCGGGGGCUGUGAUACAACCGCAGAGGAUCGAUCUGGUGUGCGCGGUUACCGACGAACUUGCAAACGGGGUUGACUGCCUGCUGUCAAAGGAAGAUUGGGAACUACUACGGGCGCAGGAAAAAGAGGAGUUUGGAGAGGAAAAUAUUCCGCGGGCAGGGGUCCGAUCAGUCGAAAUGGUCGAUAACACUGAGCCGGACUGCGGUCUAAGUUUCGAAGAAACGACAGAGCAAAUGCCUAAGUUGCAAGAGAAUAGUUUCAUACAAGAUGUCACUGGGGUGCCCAGUCAGCGGGAGCUAGAACUAGCCGAGAGUGUAGCUGAGUUGACAGGCACCGAGUGCCAGAGCAAACAUGCUCUAGUUUACAAUAGGAGGGCACGGACUAAAGAAUUUAAUGUCGGGGACCAAGUACUCCUCUUUGACACAGGUUGGGCAACCAAGAUAGCUGCCAUAGAAGGUCUUGUGCCACCUCACACAAAGAAAGAGUUGCGAAGUCUGUUGGGGCUUUGUGGGCAUUAUCGGGACUAUGUCUCAAACUACGCCGACGUGGCGAGCCCGCUUACAGCUUUGACAAGGCGAGGGGUUCCUAAUUCAAUUCCAUGGUCGGAAGAAGCGCAGUGCGCGUUCGAAAGUCUGAAAUUAGCUCUCUGUCAGGCUGUCGCCAUGAACACGCCUGAGCCUCAUCAGCCGUACUGGCUAUUCACGCUGGGCAGCCAACCGGACUCUUGA